CACCACUUUGCGUCCCUCACCGGACUACCGCGAAGCCCCUCAAUAUCCCCACUUGACGUUUAAGAGUUUAGUCAUCCCUCGUUUCUUAUCGGCCCAAUUUUCCUACGAUGGCACCGAAGGCCGAGAAGAAGCCCGCCGAGAAGAAGCCGGCAGAAGAGAAGAAGACCGUAGCGGAGAAAGCCCCGGCCGAGAAGAAGCCCAAGGCGGAGAAGAGGCUGCCGAAGGAUGGUGCCGCCGCUGGAGAUAAGAAAAAGAAGAAGAAAACGAAGAAGAACAGUGAGACGUACAAGAUCUACAUAUUCAAGGUGUUGAAGCAGGUGCACCCGGAUAUCGGGAUCUCGAGUAAGGCCAUGGGCAUCAUGAACAGUUUCAUCAAUGACAUAUUCGAGAAGCUCGCACAGGAGGCCUCGAGGCUGGCUCGUUACAACAAGAAGCCAACAAUCACCUCUCGGGAGAUCCAGACCGCCGUUCGUCUCGUUCUUCCCGGUGAAUUGGCUAAGCAUGCCGUCUCCGAGGGCACAAAGGCUGUCACCAAAUUUACCAGUUCUUGAAGACAGAUUUAAUUUCUUCCUUCUUUUUCCCUCCCUUUUUAGUCAGAUAAUCGUAGGUCAAAACUCAAAACCAUGUAAUUGUUUACGAAUUUUCUAGUGUUUCAAUGUAAUCUGUGGUUACGGUUUACUUUUGUUCUGAUUGUUUUUGAUUAGCCGUUCUCCUGGAUCACUGACAUCCAUUUGUUACUGUAAAUUUUAGGGUAGAAUCUGUUCCAUCUCCUGUGAUUUCUCCACCA